CUCAGUAUUUUGUUCCUGCAAGGAAUUCAAAGUGCACGGAUGCAAUGGUCGUCUACAAAAAACAGACGGGGGCGAUGGACGCAGACGAACUGGUCAAGAUUGAAGAUACCUCCUCAAGUGAGGAUGAAGACCGACCGGCAACGAGUAGAAAGCGGACAGCGGAGUUUGGUUCAUCUCCUGCUAAGCGGAUUCGAAGCCUCGCUAGCUACGACACCAAAGCUUGGAUCAAUCAAUGUAAAGAACACUCAAAUGCUGUGGAAUUGUCAAGACUCUGAGCCCUUCCGUUACUCAGUCGAUGAAAUGCUUUAUCCGGAUUAUCGCACCAUCAUAGACACCCCUAUGGACUUGAACACAGUCCGAGAGCAACUUGAAGGAAUGAUCUACCAAGACCCCAUGGAAUUCUGUAAAGACGUACGCCUCGUCUUCACCAACUCAAAAAGCUACACCCCAAACAAAAAAUCUAAGAAAUAAAAGCUUGAAAUCGCGCAGGAAAUCACGUCGCCCAUCCACUUAAGCCUCGUCCUCUAACAGCAAAGCCGUGUCAUCUCACAGCGAAGAAGACGAGGAGACAGAGAUCCCUACUCGUGCGGGGCCAUCCAGGGUGGGGCCAUCCAGGGUGGGGCCAUCCAGGGCAGGGUCAUCCAGGGCGGGGUCAUCUAGGGCGGGGCCAUCCAGAGAGAACUCAGCCAGCGUCGCCAGACCUAGUACUUCAAGACAGUUAAAUGCCAAAGAAAGUCCAACCAGUACCAGACUAAGUGCCAAGAACAUUCCGUCCAAGAGUAAAAACUCAGGAAAUCAACGACAUUUACAAAAAGCGUUGCAGAAAGAGUGAAGAGGCAAACGAAAUCCAGCAACACGAGGAAAGAUGAUUCGGGAGAAGAAAGUGAAGACCAAGACGAGAACAGUGAAGAAGAGGAGGAGGAGGAGGAAGAAGAAAAUGAGGAGGAUGAGGGGGAGGAAACAGACGUGGAGCAAGAAAAGAAAGAUGAAGAUGAUGAAGAUGAUGAAGAAGAUGAAGAAGAUGAUGAAGAAAAUGAAGAAGAAGAAGAAGAAGAAGAAAUUAAACCAUUAAGACCAAAACGAAACGGGAUGAGAAGAAACGUUGCUACAAGAAAUUCUGGUUCUAACUUGAGCAACGGUCACAUGAAGCGGUACUCCACAAGAAAUCAGCCAGUAGUAAGCGACAAC